GGCUCUCGACUAUACAGUCGACUAUUUUCAAAUGAGCUCGCCUCUUCUGCUGUUCAGAUUGCUGAGGCAUGUGAAUUAUUCAGUUGUCUCAUUGAAUAUUUAAAUGCAGUGUUGGAGUUUGUUUGAAUUCUUGUAAAAUAAUUUCAAGUUAUGAAUUAAAUGAUUAGUGUUAAGUGACUUCAGUUGUAAAUAAUCAAAAGAUCUUAAUAAUGGGUUUUGUGGAAGAUGAGCUGCAAGAGAUUAAAGCCAUGGUAGAGAAGCACAUAACUGGCAGUAAACUAGAAGCUUGCAUUCCAGCCAUGGUGCGUGUAAAUAUCAGGAGGACUAAAUUCAAGCAAUUAAUUGUGUGCCUUCAAUUCCCCAAGAACUAUCCAGCCGCCAACAUCCUUGUGGAGCUCAAGAGCCGACACAUCUCUCAGAAGCUGCUCGAUGGCCUUGCCAACCUGUCCGAAAAGGAGGCAAAAAAAAUUUUAGGCAAACCUCAAAUCCUGCAUGUGCUGAAGUUUGUGCGAAACUUCAUUGAUGAGAACCCCUUGUGUUGCUGCUCUGAGGAAAUCUCCGAGCUCAAGCAGAAAAUAGCAAGACCGUCCGAUGAAAUAAAAUUGAAGCAAAAAACAUCAAGUAUCUUGGUCAUAACAAUGGAGGGAGAAUAUUCCUGCAAGUACAACAUUACUGUGCCUGAAGACUACCCAGACACCAGAGUCAGCCUGACGGAGGUGUCCAGCAGCUACCCGCCUGUGGUGCGGCGGUGGCUGCUGGCGCAGGCUCAGGAGCUCGCCAGGCAGUGCGUCGAGCCGCCCACCCGCUGUCGCCCAGGGGCGCCGCCCUUUGUAGUGAAGCCCUCACUGCUGCCCGUGGUCAAGUUCCUGCUGGAGGCCGUGCACAGCAUCCCUGCAGCGGUGUGUGGGGUGUGCUGCCGCACUUGCCUGCCUCCCCACCCUCAGGACGUGCCCAGCUCUGAGGACGACCCGCUGUCAGUAGAGCGCGUGUACUGCGGUCACUUCUACCACCACGCCUGCCUGGACACGUACAUCAAGACGCCGCCCUUCGCUGGCGGCAAGACCUGCCACAGCUGCAGCCUCAAAAUAUACCACGACAAGUGGAAGCUUAGUCCUGCCCUGGUUGAGGCCAGGUGGGCCCACAAGCAGGCCAGGCAGAGAGAGCUCGAUGAGGCCAUCGACUUCUUUGCCUGACUUUAUUUUGUACCUGGCAUCACUACCGUGUAGUGUGAGGCCAUCAACGUUUUUGCGGGAGGCCGCUGACAUUUCCGUGAGAGGCCACUGACACCAUCGGGCAAGGCUGCUGCCAUGUCUGUACGAGGGCGCUGACAUAUGUCUGUGCGAGGCCGCUGGACAUAUGUCUGUGCGAGCCGCUGACAUAUGUCUGUGCGAGGCCGCUGACACAUGUCUGUGCGAGGCCGCUGACAUAUGUCUGUGCGAGGCCGCUGACAUCUUCGCAUGAGGCCUCUAACUUCCUUUCGUGGGGCCGUGUUCUUCCUGACACAACUGUACUUGUUUCUACUUUAUAAAGACGAGGGCUUGUGUUUUUUAGCUUAUUUAUUCAUGUAAUUGAACCAUGCAUGGCAAAAGAGGGAUAUGAAUCACCGAUAGCCGUGUUAUUCCUACCAAAUAGCUUAACUUAAUUUCGGUAACGUCAACUCUACAAACUUUGCCCUCUAUGUCAACGCAAUCUUCUUCACCUACCUUCAUAGACUUUACAAAGAACCUAUCAUUGUAGGGGUACUCACAAUCCAGAAGUCGAAAUUAUAGUAAUAGUUAUGACCAAGUGGAACACAGUCUUAUCUCAUGUGAGCUAUGAACGUGAGUCUUUGACGUGAAUCUCACGUGAGCUUUGUUGUAUUUCUGGUCUCAAGUCGUCAUUAUCUGUUCAAGCCGCCCGAGUGCUUUUCAGCAGGUGAAUUUAGAAACAAAAUAUCAUUCUUAAGUAUUAGGUUCUACGUAAAACAUUGUUAAAAACUGGAUCUCUAUAAUUUGGGAUCGUGUAUGAUCGAAUAAAGUAUGUAGCAUCCGU